CAUAGCUGUACAACACGUUUCUUAGACUUCUAGGGGUGUAGCGUGCGCCGAAGCGUAUACAUUCGUUUCUAACUUUGCAUAUAAAGAGCUACCUGGCGCACGAGGAGUACCUUGGACAAGUCAGUCGUAGGAGAGUGAGACCUGUCUGUUGCGUGCCCGCUGCCUCUUGGGCCAUAGGCACGACCGCAACAGCGUUGUACAACCAGAGUCAUGUUUUUAUAAUACAUGCCCGCUAUCUAGCUGUAAGGUCUGCUUAGAAGUUCAGCCGUCGUUCACUAACGCCAUCACAGCGGAGGUUGACUCCUACCAGUUGUUGAUACCAGAGGUACAUCAUGCUUCAACUUCGGUGCUCUGCUCAGAACUAUGACUGGGGGAGGCAGGCGGACAACAGUGAGGUGGCCAAGCUCGCACGUGCAAAUGGGAGCAGCAUUGAUGAGUCCAAGCCCUUUGCCGAGCUAUGGAUGGGCGCACACCCUAACUGCCCUUCCAAGGUUAAGUCAACUGGGGAAAGUCUUCAGGCCUGCCUUGACAAGCACCCUCAGUUGCUAGGCAGCACAGUUCAAAAGCACUUUGGCAACCAGCUACCCUUCUUAUUCAAGGUGCUCAGCGUCGCCAAGGCGCUCUCUAUCCAGUCCCACCCCGACAAGCAGCUGGCGCAGCGACUACACCGAGAACAUCCCAAGCUUUACGCGGACCCCAACCACAAGCCCGAGAUGGCUCUGGCCCUGUCGGAUUUUGAGGCGCUCUGCGGCUUCGCCUCCACCGCCGAGCUGCAGGAGCGGCUGCGACGAGUGCCGGAGCUGGCGGCGCUGGUGGGGGCGGAGCGGGUGGCGGCGAUCAUGGCGCUGGGGACUGCACCUGCGGCAGGGGAGGAGGAGGAGAAGCAGGCCAAGCAGGCCCUGAAGGCCGCUUUCACGGCCCUCAUGACCUCGGACCAGGCGGCCGUUACCGCAGCGGUGCGCUCCCUGGUGACCCGUCUCUCUGCAGCAGCAGCCUCCUCCUCUGGAGAGGGCCUCACGGAGCACGAGGCGCUGGCGCUGCGCCUCAACCAACAGUUCCCGGACGACGUGGGCCUCAUGUCCGCCUUCUUCCUCAACCUGGUGCGGCUCCCCCCCGGCUCCGCCAUCUACCUGGCCGCCAACGAGCCGCACGCCUAUCUGUCCGGGGAGCUGGUGGAGCUCAUGGCGGCCUCGGACAACGUCAUCCGGGCGGGCCUCACACCCAAGUUCAAACACGCGGACGUGCUGUGCGAGUCGCUGACCUACCGGCAAGGCCUGCCGGAGGUGCUGAUAGGCAGCCCCGCGGUCCCCGGCAUCACCGUCUACCAGCCGCCAUUCGAAGAGUUUGAAAUCCACCGCCUCGAGUGCGACUCGAGCGAAACUGGGUCGGAUUACGGGUCAGCCAACUCUUCACCCUCCGCCGUCGCCGCCUCUGCCGCUGCAUCUGAUGCCUUCCAGGACCAACCUCGGAUGACGCUGCCCGCCAGCGAGGGCCCGCGGAUCUUGCUCGUACAGUCGGGUCAGGUGGAGGCGGAGGUGCUGGGGCACCUGCCGGCGGAGCUGGAGACGGUUCCGGAGCUUGAGCGCGGUGCCGUACUGGGUCGCGGAAGCAUCGUGCUCAUCCCAGCAGGCGUUGAGCUGGCGCUACGGCGGGCGGAGGGCCUGGUGGGCUGGAUUGCGGCAGUGAAUGCCACGUGUUUUAGGCUGCAGGAUGCACGGCAGACGGCGGCACCAGCAGUGGCAGCGGGCAAGGCUGCUCGUAGGGCUGCAGAGGAGGAGGUGCCAGCAGCGCCGGCGUUGGCUGUGGCUGCCUUGUGAGGUGCGCUCUGCCCAAAAGAGCCUUUGUGAGGCUUGGGAGUAGUCCGGUGUGGAUGUUUGGGGGAUUCUUCGUCUAGAGCAGGACCCUGUUCUUCGCGCGGCACUAGGUGGUGGCAGCUGCUGCUGUUGUCGUGUGUCGGUGGAAGUGUUUGGGAUUCCUGGUAUUCUUUUUGGGAUCUGCACAGCAUGCACGUAGGCUGGCUGCAUGCAUGCAAGCGUGCAUGCCAGGAGGGGGGUAUGUAGUGUUUUGGGAAUCAGGACCGCACUGCAACGGCAGACAUUGGCGGUCUGCAGCGCUGGUGCGAGUGUCGCAUGUGAUGUGGUGUUCCCGGAUAUCCAGCUGGGGUUAAUUUGGCUUGGUGCCUUCUCCUUGGCCGUGGAUUGACGGGAUUGAAACGCACGGAAUGGGCUGAAUAGAGGGUACCGGGCUUGGUGUGGAUGCCACAGGAGUUCCACCAUGGUAUGGGAAGCUAUCGCAUGCCUGUCAGUAUAGACAAAGACAUGACCCUAACGCCUUGCAGUGCACGGUGCACCGCAUGACACAUUUUGCACAGGUCGGAAUUUAGCAGGAAUGGCUCAUGGGCAGUCGUGGGCUUAUGGCAACCUUCCGCAGAUGAGGACAGUGUUGUAACGGAUGCCUACUAGAGGCAAUGAUGCAGGAUUGUGCGUUUGUGUUGCUCCCUUGCUCCGGUUCGAGUGAGCGGCCUAGUAGACACGACUGUACUGACUGUACAGGCUGUACUUCCCAUUUUACUGCCAGUACAAGACGACCCCUUGCACGGUGGGGUAGCAUUGUUAUUCUUGAUUAUCCUAGACUGUGGUUUUACGGUUUCUGCUGUGGUUCACUUAAACUAACAAGGUGUAUCUGCUGUGCGUCGGCGCACCGCAUACGUGUGUCUUUUGAUAUACUGGCAUGUCACUCCUGUCGGACUCUCCAGUCGGACAUACCCAGUGACAUUGCGUGGGUAUCUGUCAUCCCUUGGUGGUGAACCCGGUGUACAGCGGUGUAUGGAAAGCGCUAUGUCGAUUGAAGGCGCUGUAAGGGUUCGGAAGUGCACUGCAACUGUCUGGGUGCUGGUGUCCUAUCGGGCAGCUCCACAGCGCGUGUAGCGCGAUGUGACGGAGAACGGGGUUUCCCGCCCCGGUCGAGCCGAGUUGUACAUCGAAUGAAGAGGUGGGGUUCGUGUCAGGAGCUUAACGUUACUCCAUUAUUUCGACAAUUCCCAGUAGUUCCGCGGUGAUGCACAUGACGCCUAAAGGACUGUGGGCGAACCGUGAGACAGUGUCUAAGUAGCUUGGACUAAUGUCUGUGUAAACCCCUAGACCACAUGGCAGGUCGGUUUGGCGAUUCCCUCCCGAAUAGGAGAAUUUUCCUCUUUCUGUAACUAGCCCCUGUGGGCACAUGCCACACACCA